UUUACGCCUGUGGAGAGCUGAGCGCUGAGCGAAAUACCGGAGUGUUCUCACUGUUACUUACAGGACGCAUGUGGAGGCAGAGAGCUGCUGAAUGAAACCAAGCAGAGAAACAGGAGAAACUUUUUUGCUACAUGAAGUAACCACGCUGUUUUUCAUCUGUAAAUUAAGUGUGUAAAGUUGUGAAAGUUGGACGCCUGACAGGAAAUUUCCAAGCAUGGACUGAGCGUCAGGAAUAUCGAGGAGGAACGCUCUCUUGCCCGCUAAUUUGUAUGCGCAAGCACCGGCUGCGGAAAAAUUGGAUACUUUACUAAAACUUCGCUGUAAGGAGGAGUAAACCAGAGCUGAGUGACCGAAGAGUUGUACACAGAGCAAGGUUGUAUCCAGAACUAGGUAUUUUUAAACCCAAGCUGCUGGGAGGUCAAGAGGUGACAUGCCUCUAUAAAACGCCACUGGAAACAAAUGCUCUGCCACCAUGCCUCUGGGGAUGGUGCGUCUUUCAUUGUCAGCAGUCAAAACGCUGCUUUCUCUCCUGCUGCUGGCCACUGGCUGUCCCUUCAUUUUAUUUCCUAUUGGCACUGUCCAAGGAUCAGACUCAUUCCCAUCCAAUUUUUAUCCUACGUUUAUCCAAAAUGACACUCUGUUUGAGCACCUGGCCCUACAUCCUGACCCUGAUGUGGGUCGGGUCUACGUCGGGGCCCGAAAUCGCCUGUUCCAAUUGGAUCGCUUCCUCCAACCUGAACUACAGGAUGACACAGGCCCAGUCACAGACAGCCGGGAUUGCUUACCACCUGUAACUGAGACCAACUGUCCUCAGGCCCGAGAAACUAGCAAUCACAACAAGCUCUUGUUGGUCAAUCCUUACUCUAUGGAACUUAUAACCUGCGGGAGUGUCAACCAAGGAAUUUGCCAGAAGCGUAGCCUGGAUUCUGUGGAUCAAGUACUUUUCUCCACAGAGAGGCCGGUGGAUACUCAGUACGUAGCGGCUAAUCACCCUAAUGUUAGUACUGUUGGGCUUGUGGUUCGCUCUCAUCCUGACAAGCAGCCUGUUUUGUUUGUGGGUCGGGGUUACACCAGCAGCCAUCCGCCUAUUUCCACGCGAAACCUUGCCCAGGAUCCCAUCUUUUCCUAUGAGGAGACUGCCAAGUUGGCCGUGGCUGGCCGCCUCUCGGAGUACGAUCAUAAUUUUGUUGCCUCAUUCGCCCACCGUCAGCACGUGUACUUCCUUUUCUACAGAAGGGACCUAAAGUCGCCAUCGCGUGAGUACCGUACCUACAUCUCUCGCGUGUGUUUGGAUGAUCAGGCCUAUUACUCCUAUGUGGAAGUACCGCUGACAUGUCGUUCAAGGACGGGUAAAAUUUACAACCUCUUGCAAGCUGUCCAGCUGGGCGUGUCCAAAGAUGACGUAGGGGGCCGGGGUUCAGAGACUCUAGUGUGUGUUUUCUCCACUCGUUUGGCUUCUUCAACUCGGCCCAGUGAGGAGUCGGCUCUUUGCAUGUUUAACCUUGAAGAUGUAGACCGCAGGAUCAACUCCACCAGAGACUUUUGCUAUACACAGAUGGGUAAAGAAGCAGGAGUGGAGGCAGCCUACAUUGAAUAUGAAGUCAAAUCCAACUGUGCCAAUCUACCAGAGAAUACCCUGGAUGCCUACCCCUGCGGCUCCGACCACACCCCCAGCCCCAUGGCCAGCCGGAUUCCUGUGGAAGUAGAAACCAUAUUAGACAGCCCUUCUGCCCGUCUUACUGCUGUGGCUGUCAGCAGCAGAGUGGGACAUACCAUCGCCUUCCUGGGAGACUCCAAAGGGAACUUGCACAAGGUGUUCUUGGGGCCAAACGGUGAGGUUGAGGAGUACUCUGUGAUCCCCAUACAGCAGAAUGCAGCCAUCAGCUCAGACCUCAUCCUGGAUCAGAAACAGGAACAUCUCUUCAUCAUGACCCAUAACAUGCUGCAGAAGAGGCCAGUGGCUGAGUGUCAGCAGCAUCCAGACUGCCACUCCUGUCUCUUGGCCCACGACCCUUAUUGUGGCUGGUGUGUCCUGGAGGGAAGGUGUGUGUUGCAGUCACAGUGUGCUCGUGGGAGCUACCCAGGUCAGUGGUUGUGGAGUUUUGACAUGGAGCAGCAGUGUUUGGUGGUCCAGAACCUCGUUCCCUCCAAUCUCAGCAGGGAGGAGAGCAAGAUAGUGUCUCUGUCCAUCCCAAGACUUCCAGUGUUAGAAAACGGGGAGUCGUACUCUUGCUACUUCCAGGACAGCCACACUCCUGCUACCAUCACAGAGACCGGGGUCACCUGCCGUUCUCCCGACACCAGCAGGGUGCCUUUGGUUUUUCGAGGACAAGAUUUUGUCACAGUCACCUUGUCUCUACGUUUUGGCAACAUCACGGUCACGGCAAGGGAUUUCACCUUCUACGACUGCACAGCCGUUAAGCAGCUGUCUGGCAGCCAGCCAUGCCGCGGUUGUGUUUUAAGCCGAUGGGGCUGUAACUGGUGCGUCCACCAGCAUGCAUGUACCCAUAAGCCCACCUGUGAGGAGGGAGUGAUCAUCUACAACCAACACUUUAAACUACCUACCUCCUCUCCUCCUACAACCAAAACUAUUAAAGUCAUCACAGCCACCACUACCACAACAGCUACCCCCACAACUCCUCCUACCACACCAACUACUGCAACGACGACAACGACUACAACAACAACAACUGCAGCCCCCAUCACCAUAGCUACCACUAAGGAGUUAGCAACGCCUACUCUUUCACACACCAGUACCAGCCAUGAGCCAACCCACCCGGGCACUACCCUGCCCACUCAGCCUCCCACUCUACCACCCAGCACCUCUCCAGGCCUGGAGGUCACCACCAGAAAAGAAGAAGAGAGUGAAGCCUCUGAGACUGUCACACACAGUGACUUGGAAGAUGCUGUAGCUACACAGAGUGUCACGAUGGCCACGGCAGAGCUGAUGCCCGUCACCGUGGCUGAUGGUCUUAGUGGGGAUCUGGACCCUAUCGUGCCUCUGAUGAUCCCAGACUCCUCGCCACCGGAGGUGGUGACGGCCUUACCCCCCAGCAAGCGGCAGGUAGCCAAAGAAGCGCUGACCCUGGCAGAGGCUCCAACCAUGGUUGUGCCUGGCUUUCCCCCACCCACACUUUUCCAUAUGGGUGAACCGGCUGAUUCUGAGCCUUCCCUUUACUUGGACUUGACCCAGACACCCACGCUGGUACCACUGCAAGACUUGCACACUGAGGCAGGAAGCUUAGCUGCUGAUUCUGAGGUGCCCCUCUGGCCAAAGGAAGCAGAAAACUACACUGAGGGUGCUGUUCAGGCAGAAAAUGACACGGCUACAUUUUCUGCUGCCACCGUGCUCUCGGGUGAUGGGGAGGUUGACCGGAUGUCCCAGUCCUAUCCUCCCCAGUUGCUGAAUACUGACUCAGAGCUGGACUACCAGUAUGAUUCAGCUGAUGGCUUCCUCCCGGGGGACGAGGGCUCGUAUGUCAGCUGGGGUUCCUCAGCUUGUCCAUGUGUUGAGAAGGUCCAGGGUUCGUCACUGCUCCCUGUCAGAGUAGAGAGAAAGAUCACUUUACUGGCACAUAACCUCCAUCUGUAUCAGGAUGCAGAGCUGGACUACGAGUGUGUGUUGGUUAUUGAAGGGCAGACAGUGGUGGUAGACGCCUACGUGGAGCCAGAUGACAUGAACCCAUCAAGCUUUGACAUCACAUGUCAGCUACACCAGUACACAUACUUGGCUCCAGUGCAGGAGUAUAAGGCCUUGGUGUAUGUGAAGAGGAGGGACACCUUCCAUGUAGACACUUCUCGUGAUCUCUAUGUGACUCUGUACAACUGCUCUGUGGGUCGAUCUGACUGCAGCCGUUGCCACACAGCAGACCCAAAAUACGGCUGUGCGUGGUGUGGUGGUCCCCAGGCCAGCUGCCUGUUUUCAAACUCCUGCAGUGAACCUGUGCAGCAGACGUGCCCUGCUCCCGUCAUACACUCUGUUGAGCCACUCUCUGGCCUGUUGGAAGGAGGCACCAUGGUGACCAUCUCCGGCUCCAACCUGGGUCAGAAGGCUGAAGACAUCCUCCACUCUGUGUUAGUAGCUGAGGUGCCCUGCACAGUGAUUUCCAGCCUGUAUGAGGUCUCCUCUAGAAUUGUGUGCAUGACCAAAGCCAGCAGAUUAAAGACGGGCCAUGUGUCUGUGAGAGUGAAUGGAGGAGAAUUUGGCCUCUCCAGCUUUCAAUUCAGCUACCAGAACCCAGUUGUGAGGGGAGUGUCACCUGAAAGGGGCCCAAAGGCGGGGGGAACAUCCCUGAAUAUCACUGGCCAAAACCUUCUGACAGGCCGCCCCGCUGACCUUACCAUCACUGUCGGGGACGUCCCCUGUAACAUUGUAUCAGAGGUGCAGAGUGACAGUGUUCAGUGUGUGACAGGGAGCAGUAAUAAAACAGGAGACCACCUGAUCACCCUGCAUUACGGCAGCAUCCAGCGUCACCUCAGCAGCCCCGCCUACCACUACACCAACAACCCCAACAUCACCCGUGCCGAACCAGCCAAGAGCUUCCUGCAUGGCGGUCGACUGAUCAAGCUGUCUGGAUCCAACCUGGAUGUGGUGCAGGAGCCCCGAAUGGUGGUGACUCUCUCCCGCUUCCAGUCGGUCGGCCAAAACAAGAAGAGGAAACGGCGGAGGAAGAGGAGCAAAGGAGAGCAACGGAAGAAAACCCUGGGAAGGCCGGUUAGGAUGGUUCCUGACCCCGUCUGUCCCGGAGACCAAUUCUGCUCCGUCAAACAGUUUGUUGAGCGCUGUGAGGUAAACUCCUCCUCCCUCAUCCUGUGCCGCUCUCCAAUGGUGGACUCCACCAUCUGGUGGUCACAGGUCACAGUGGAGUUCUUGCUAGACAAUCUGCGCUUUGACUUCAGCAGUUUGAACUCUGAGCCAUUCAGCUAUGAGCGUAACCCCACCCUGCAACCCCUGAACCACCAGGACCCUCUUAAGGCAUAUCGCUAUAACCCAGGCAGCUUCAUCCAACUGGAGGGGGAACACCUGGACCUAGCCAUCACUAAAGAGGAGGUGUUGGUGUUGAUUGGAGAAGGUGUAUGUGCUGUGAAAACCCUGACCAGCAACCAUCUGUACUGUGAGCCACCACCACAGCAGCCUGCACCAGGACCAAACGGCAGGAAGCGAGAGGGCUCUGACAAUCUCCCCGAAUUCACUGUCCAGAUGGGCAACCUGAACUUUUAUCUCGGCAAGGUUCAGUAUGACAACCUGAGCCUGUCCACCUUCCCACUAGAGGCUCAGAUUGGAGUUGGAGUUGGAGCCUCCAUAGUGGUCCUCAUUGUGCUCAUAAUUGUGCUUAUCUACAGGAGGAAGAGUAAGCAGGCUCUUAGGGACUAUAAGAAGGUCCAGAUCCAACUGGAGAACCUGGAGACCAGCGUGAGGGACCGCUGCAAGAAAGAGUUCACAGACUUGAUGACGGAGAUGAUGGAUAUGUCCAGUGACCUGGUCGGCUCGGGCAUCCCCUUCCUGGACUACCGUAUGUACGCCGAGCGCAUUUUCUUCCCCGGCCACCGAGAGUCUCCUCUGAGACGAGACCUGGAUGUUCAGGAGUGUCGGCGGCAGACGGUGGAGCAGGGCCUGGUGCAGCUUUCCAACCUGCUCAAUAGCAAGCUGUUCCUCACCAAGUUCAUCCAUACUCUGGAGAGCCAGCGGACCUUCUCCCCCAGAGACCGAGCCUACGUGGCUUCGCUGCUGACUGUGGCGCUUCAUGGCAAGCUGGAGUAUUUCACAGACAUCCUUAAGACACUCUUGAAUGACCUGGUGGAGCAGUACGUGGCCAAGAACCCCAAACUGAUGUUACGAAGAACAGAGACGGUGGUGGAGAAGCUGCUGACCAACUGGAUGUCUAUCUGCCUCUAUGCUUUCCUCAGGGACUCAGCGGGGGAGCCUCUGUACAUGCUGUUCAGGGCCAUAAAGCACCAGGUAGAUAAAGGACCGGUGGACGCUGUUACUGGCAAAGCAAAGUACACCCUGAACGACAACCGCCUGCUGCGAGAGGACGUAGAGUACAAAACCCUGACACUGAAUGUGUUGGUGCAGGGUGGAGGGGUCAAUGAGACCCAGCCUGUGCCCUCCAAAGUACUGGACUGUGACACCAUUACCCAGGUUAAAGAGAAGCUACUGGAUCAGGUGUACAAAGGCACAUCCUUCUCACACCGGCCGCACGCCGACUCGCUGGACUUAGAGUGGAGGUCAGGCGUUGCCGGUCAUCUCAUCCUGUCAGACGAGGACUUGACAUCUGUGGUUCAGGGUAACUGGAAACGCCUUAACACACUUCAGCAUUACAAGGUCCCAGAUGGCGCAACAGUGGCACUGGUCCCUCGUCACACCAAACACAUUCACCAUGACAACCACGACUACAUAGCAGGAGAGAAGACGCCAAUGCUGGAGGAUGCAGAUGAAGGUGGAGUGAGGCUGUGGCAUCUGGUAAAGGCCAGCGAGGAGCCCGAGUUGCCCAAACACCGCAGAGGCAGCCUGCGGGAGAGAGAGAGGGCCAAGGCUAUCCCUGAGAUCUACCUGACCCGCCUGCUGUCCAUGAAGGGGACGUUGCAGAAGUUUGUGGACGAUCUUUUCACGGUGAUCCUGAGCACGAGCCGUCCUGUCCCGCUCGCCGUCAAGUACUUCUUCGACCUGCUGGACGAGCAGGCAGCACAACAUGGCAUCUCUGACCCAGAGACCAUCCAUAUUUGGAAGACCAACAGUCUCCCUCUGCGUUUCUGGAUCAAUAUUGUGAAGAAUCCCCAGUUUAUCUUCGACAUCCAGGCAUCAGACCACGUGGAUGCCGUGCUCUCUGUGAUCGCCCAGACCUUCAUGGACUCAUGCACGAUUGCAGAGCACAAGCUGGGCCGGGAUUCGCCCAUCAACAAGUUGCUGUAUGCCAGAGAUAUUCCCCGCUACAAACAGAUGGUGGAAAGGUACUAUGCUGACAUCAGGCAGACCAUCUCAGCCAGUGACCAGGAGAUGAACUCUGCUCUAGCUGAACUGUCCAGGAACUAUUCGGGAGAACUGAACUACCUGGUGGCACUGCACGAGCUCUACAAGUACAUCAAUAAAUACUACGACCAGAUCAUCACGGCGCUAGAGGAGGACACCACGGCCCAGAAGAUGCAACUCGGCUACAGACUGCAGCAGAUUGCUGCUGCUGUGGAGAAUAAAGUCACUGACUUAUGAUGGAGGAGAAAUGUGUCAGCUGUACUGCAGUAACACCUGCCACUGUUACAGUAAACAGCUUGGACACGCUGGCAGUUGAACUUUAACGGAUGGAGGGGAAGAUGGACUCUGGAGGACAAUGUUUUUUGUUGUUGUUUAAAUUAGAGCUCACAUCCCAGCAGCCUUUGUGUUUUGGUGACUGCUGACAGUGCUUUACAGUGCGGACACUGUGAGCUUCCUGUAGUGCAGGACAUUGAAAAGCUCAGUGGAUGCUUUUUUUAAAAAGUCAGUCUGACCCACUGUCACUCUGCUCACUUCAUGAAAAAGAGAUGGUAGCAGUGUGUAUUUUAUCUCUACAGUAUAUGUGCUGGAGUCAAAAGGUGGAGCAAAGCUGGUGGAAAGCCAGGUCUGCAGACUGAAAGUAGGAAUCUUCCAUCACUGUGGAGUCCGUUUUAUGAAGCGGUACCUCUUAUGCCUUGUGUACUUUGCUGCUGUAUGGUCAGAAGUUAUUUCUUGGUGUGUGUCUGGUGCUUUAUAUAUAGAUGUGAGUGUGCGUGCAUGUGGUUGUCCAUAUUCUCGUGGCUGUUAAACUGCAUCGUGUAUUGCCACGUUUUAUGUUUCUAGUACAAAGUGGUGAAGUAACUGGUUCUUAUAUUUUGGAUCUAAGAAUGAAGAGUAUUUUGAAAAGAGAUACCUGAAUUUUAAGGUUGUGUUUUUCACAUUUUAGAACUUGUAGUCACUGCUCAAAGCAACAUUUUAAAGUCGCUGCCACGCUCUACCUCAGCCUGCUGUCUUUCAUCAACUGCUCUUAUUUUCAUUGGUAGAAGCUGCCUAAUUACUGCUUAGUUCACCUUGGCGUGUUACACAUUUGUCUGUAUUGAUGUAAAUUUUGUGUGAUUUGUAAUAUGAUUUUUUUUUUUUUUAAGCAGAGCAGCAGCAGCACAGCCGAGGAGACGGUGCUGCAGAUUCACACUUAGUUGCUAACUAGUGUGAGAAAUACUUUGCUGGAAGGUUAAAAAAAACAAUCACCCAAUUUUUUUUCCCCCUUAGCAAUCCAACUAUACCGUACUGUAAGAACAUAAGCUGAUAUAUGGUUAUCAGCCCCAGCAAUCCAACAUUAGUCAACCCAGCAAAAACACUAAUGUAUACCUUUCUGGCAGGUCCAUCUACCAGUACUGCAGCACCGCACACACCAACUGGACUGCUGUAAACACACACACACACACACACGUUCUUGUUUGUUAAUUCUUUACCCAUAUGAGAGAUUGGAAGCAGAAAGUGUUUUUUAAAGGUACUUAAACCUCGGAUGACUUACCAUUUUUGUUUCUUUUAUUCAUAUUUGUGUGGAUGUCUCUAGUGUACAAGUCACUGGAAAGUCAAUAGGAAAGCGAAAUGUCCCUCUGUUUAAAAAAAAAAACCAACCUUAAAUGUUAAAGUGCAGUGUUGUGUGAACCACAGUUUUUGUAGGGUUUUUUUUAUAUUUUGUACAUUUUAACAUUCCUUUUUAGAUUUGGACAUUGUAUAGAUCACACUCCUGGUAUGUUUUUUGUGUGCAGUUCUUUAACUGGACAGUGUUUCGUGUCUUCCACAUAGACCUUAUAAAAGAUGGAUGAUGGUAGACUGACAGCCUGAGGCCUUGAGUUUGGCAUAAGGUUGUUGCCUCUUUGAAGCUGGAAGUGGCCAUUUGUGGAUUUCAAAAAAGGUUGGAUGCCUAGUUACUAGCUGGAAAUAUUUAACUACUUGAUUAACAAGGCAAACUAAAAAAGAACUGAUACGAAGAAGGUACAAACAUCAUUGCUGGCGUUGGAAACUGUAUUCUCUACACCGAUACAUGACGACCAAAUAAUAGUUGAUGUUUUUUGAAAGGGAGUCUGUAGGCAGAGAUGGUUUGUAGCCAUAUCCUGUAUAUAAAAGAUGCGUUUCGUCACCUCUGGCUUUGUAAAGCUCAAGUUGAGCAUUUUUUUUUUUUUUUACUUUCACCAUCCUUUUGUGCUCAUCGGCUAAUGAUUCAUGAACUUCAACUUUUUUUAUUCAAUAGGACGUGAAACGAGCCCGUGGCAUCACCAGGAAAGUGUUUUCUCAGACUCUUAUACAACUGGAUGUCUUUGGGCAGCAGUCAACUCCUGCUGGCCAUUAGAAAAAAAUAUAGGUUUAAUAGACAUAUGCCAUUGGCUUCAUUUUUCAGCCACAGAGGCUACGUCCAUCUUUUAUAUACAGAGUUUGCAUUUGUAUUGGCAACAAUGGUUUGCACUUAAAGGCAGUCACCAUGACCCAGUAACUGCAUCUAUCUUUCUUUAUAGAGUUUAUGGUCCAGCAGUUGUGUGUGGCAUUUGAUCAACGUGAUCAUACUACUCCAGGCUCAGUAGAUGUUGCUUGUAGCUUAGCCGGGGUGGGUAUGGUUGGACAUAUUUGUUGAUGCUGGUUUUUGUGUUGAACUCUCUUUCUCCUUUAAUAUUUACUGCAGCUCUUUAUGUGGGAAUUUUUUAGUUUCGGAUGAUUGUAGGAUUGGAAAUCAAUGGGGAAACAGAUUUUGACACAACUUCAGAAACGAUAUAACAGAGUUUGAGUAGUCUACAUGCAUAUUUUAUAAAGUGCACUUGAUUUUUGUUUUCUCAAAUCUGAUGUUGUUUAAUGUUUUAAUACACAAAGUACUACAAGUUGUAAAUUAGAGUAUCUACUACUGAAGUAUGCUAGUACCCAGUCCCAUUAAUCAGUGGCAAAAAAUGUGACAGUAGAAAAGACUUUUCUACCCACCCUCCACUCAAAUGAAGAUUUAUCAGUUUGAGCCUGAAGUGUGUAAUUACCAGGGUCAGUGUGUCAGAAUGCAGGCCAUUUGUUACAACAUUACAUAACACAGGAAAUAAUGACUUUUACAAACACAUGGAGUUGGUUCAUCUUGAGCUGAGAGCUCAGUGAUGAACAAAGAACCAUUGGGGGGAAAUCUAGGCUGUACAAAUUUGGCAAUGUAGAGCAGGCUCUGCAAGGAGCAGGUUUAGGAUGUUUCUUAUUUUGUGUGUUAAUAUCUUUGUAAAUACUGAUUAAAGAUGCAGCUGUAGUGAUUUAACCUGUUUAAUAAGAGAAGGUGAACAUUCUCACAAAUGAAAUAAAGUAUUCUGAAAGCUG